AUGCCUCCAUUGGGGAAAGCGGGACGGUUUCGGAGACGGCGUAUAACUCUUUAUAUUGCUAUUAGUAUCAUAAUAGUUUUACUGCUCCUAUUAUGGAUAGAGAAUGGCAAAGUAGUUGAUGAGACACACGUUGAAGUCUCUCAAGAACGUCGCUUAUUUGAAAAUAUUCCACAAGAAAAAGAAUCCAUAUUAUACGAACCCUUACGACAAGAGGAAAUUGAUGGUAUCAUACCAGGAAAUCUAACACCAUUUAUCUCUCCAAAUGGUCCACAUGAAGGACAGGAGUUGCCUCAUUUUAACUACACAGAUGGACCAUAUCGUUAUCGCAAUCCAUAUAAUCCCAUGCAUCGUACAUCACGUCCCUGUGAUGGACUUUUGUAUACAAAAGGAAAAUGGGUUUACAACAGCAGCAAGAGACCUCAAUAUACUUCACGUGGAACUGUAUUGGGAUGUUGUGAACGUGGUUUUAGAAAAGAAUUUGGUCCGGAUGUUGUGCGAAAUGAAACACAAUAUGAAUGGAAACCCGAUAGUUGUGAAUUAGUUCCGUGGGAUGAGGAACUUUUUUGCCGUUCUCUCCGCGGGAGGAGUAUCAUGAUGGUUGGAGACAGUCUUUCCGAUCAUUGGCAUGCUUCUCUCUAUUAUCUUCUGGGAGGUGAAGGAGAUAUUUACGAGCGCGAGGGCACUUCCCGGACUCGCCAUCGCUGUAGAGGACAUGUGAUCUGUCAAAAAUAUUACCCCAAUCGUAUAAAUAAUAAACCUGUCAAGAUUUUUUUUCUAACCAAUCAAUUUUUAGAAACGAAUUAUCACUCAUUCCGAAACUUUUUAUGGUGGAAAGAUAUUCAUCGUUAUCCUAUUCUUAUUUUAAACUCCGGAUCUUGGAUGGUUCGGCCGGAAAAUGAGAGACGAAGAAUAACGGAUGAAAAUUAUUACUUUUACAUGCGACGAGCCGCAAGUGUUGUAAGACGUCUUUAUAAAGGAACUGUUAUUUGGCGAACAACUUUUCGUGGUCAUCCUUUUUGCUGGCAAUACACAGAACCUCUCACCACUCCACUGACAUUAAAUGCAUAUAAAGAGGGAAUCUACGAAAGGUAUAGAUGGUAUGCGAUACCUGCAAGGAAUGCCUAUACCACAGCCUUAUGGAAAGAUAUGGGGGCUCACAUUCUGGAUGUGGCUCCAAUGACAGAUCUAAUGCCAUUAGGACACAUGGGAAAAUAUCAUCCAAAGUAUGAAUCUAUGAAUGCCACGGAUUGCUUACAUUAUUGCUCUCCAGGUGCCACUUAUGAUCAGUGGAGUGUAUUGCUAAUGAAUUUACUCAUAGGGAAUAUUGUGGACUGA